AUGUUACCAACGAGCUUAAGGUUGUCUCUGAAACGCAAACUUAAGACCUAUGUGAAGAACUUGGCCAUAUAUGAUGCCCCUCUUGCUCAUGACUGGAAGGUGACUCUUGAUGGGAUACUCAAGUGGCUUGCUCCACUGGCCCAUAAUAUGAUCAGGUGGCAAAGUGAGAGGAAUUUUGAGCAACACCAACUUGUUAGCAGGUCCAAUGUGCUGCUAUUUCAGACAUUAUAUUUCGCAGAUAAGGACAAAACAGAGGAAGCUAUGUGCCAACUUCUUAUGGGACUAAAUUACAUAUGUCGUUAUGAACAACAGCAGAACGCGUUGUUGGGUUGUGCAAGUAGUUUUGAUUUUGAAGAUUGCAUGGAUUGGCAACUGCAAUGUGGCGCAUUUCCCAGUUGA